AUGGUGAAGAGUGAGGAGUGCACCAAACCUCUUCAGCGACCCGCUUCAAAAGCGUGGCGACGAAGAAAUGCCAUGACAGGCUUGUAUGCUGUUUGCAGUCAAGACGCGCCACCCCCUUCGGACAACGCCACUCCAGUAAAGGCAAUAGACCAGCUGGAGAAGCUUGCUUCGUUGGGUCGCUCGUUGGGUGGUCCGCUUCGUUGCACAGCAUGCCGGAUUUCCAUUCAUAUGACAGAAAAGACCCUGGUGUAUCGCCUGAAGACGUCGUAUCGUGUUGAGAACAGUUUGGAGACCCGCUUCGCUCUCAUAUUCCCUGUGAGUGAGUGCGCCGGCACGGUUCUGUCGCUCUCAGCCCGCAUUAAUAAGAAAGCCGUUACGGCCGAGUUAGUGCGCGUCGAGGGUGACCCGUCGGAGCUCUCCUCGCUGCGACUGAUGCCGGCUCUGCAAACGUCAUCGAAGGAUGCCACACCAAGCCCAAAGCGUGAAGACUCAGGGGCGAUUUACGGCAUCACACCUGGAGCCUCGGACGUGAUGGAAGGUGGAGUGGCAGAGGUGGGAGCGGAGGUGCUCGUAGAAAUUCGAUGGGCUACGAAACAGCUGACAAGUAGUGAACCGCACGCGCUACAAGUUGUGUAUCCGUUUGUCUGCGCGCCUCGAUUGCCGGACGAGGUGGUGUGCCGUACCGUGUUUUCCUCGCGUAUUGCGGUAGUGCGCAGCCCGAAUUGCCGCGGCAGUGGGCAGUUGCUGAACUGGAGGGCGCGUGGGGGGCGCUGCAAGGUUUGGCUCACCCCUGCAAAUGCUGCGAUGACGUUGCGUCGAGAAGACGGCGUUUUUCUCCUUACAUUUUACUUUCAAGACCCCUUUGGCCUUGAACACCAGUGUGGUGCCUUUGGACCAGUGUGUGUCGUAGUGUUUGUUGGCAUUAUUCUAUGGUUGCUGCUAACGAAAGAUCUACAGUCAUGA